AUGUCUAUCAACACCGAAUCUUCGCCGCCGCCGCCGGUCAUCGGCAAAAUUGGCCCGUACACUGUUUUCAUGACGCCGCCUUCAACCCCUAAACCCUCCUCUUCCGAACCAGCUACUACUCCUCAUUCACCAAACAUCAACAAUGUUAACAAUCACGCUAAGAUCCUUCCUCCUCCGCCUCAGAUUCAUAACCCUAUCCCUUCUUCCAAAACUCUCUCCUCUGAUGCUUCUUCGUUUCUCGGAUUUUUCAAGAACGCUGUUAACAAGGUUCAAACUGCUCAUUCAAGUUUGGAUGAGCAUUUGGCUCGUUGGUUUGGGUUGAAUCAGUCAAAGUAUCAAUGGGCUCUUGAUGAUUAUUAUGAGACCAACGGAACGGCAAAAGGAGAUGUAAAAGUGAAAGAAGUAUCAAGCAAAGUACAGAGUGUUUGA